UAAAAUUAUAAAUAUGAAAACUCGAGUAGCCUCGCUUGGACACAUUGAUUUUGCAUUGAAUGUUGUAAGUUUUCCGGAACCAGACAAUCUUGUCCAAAUUCGAGGAGAAGACGGUUCUAAUCUCUUUCAAAGGAGUCUGAAUUUUGAAUCUAUAAAUGUGAACCUUACAGUCAAUGGAAAAAAAGUUUACGUAAUGGGAUAUGGAUUAAAUUUCACGGCUGGAAACACAACAGAAGAAUGGUUUGGGAGAAAUACAAUUGUUAUUUCGAAUAUGCUUGGAUCGCAUACAUAUAUUUUCACACUUGAGACGACCCAGAGGCAAACGAACAGAAGAACUACAGACUCAUUUUUCGUCGAGAAUGUCGGAACAAUAUCAAGUGUUGGCCUCCUUCUGAUGAUCUGUAUAUUAACAGCAUUUGGGGCUACAAUAAUUAGAAAAAAAAUGAAAAGAAAUAUUUCCCUGAGCAAAAACAAAAUACAUAUGGAAGAUAAUAGAGAUUCGCAAACAAGAAGAUGUGAUGCAUAUGAAGAACCCAUAAAUUCUACGGAACCUCCUACAAGGCAUAACGAUUACAGCAUACCUGAAACGUAUAUGGAAAUUGAAAACCUUUCCUGAAGAUGGACUGGCAUAGCAGGCAUACCUGGACAAAUAGCAAAACGAAAUCAAAAAUACGAAAAUGAAGAAAACAUUAAUAUUUCCCGCUAUUUUCAUAGGAAUGUGGUGUUAUUGCAUAAAAAAUCACACAUUGGAAGUAAUUGCACACACACACAUCCCAGCAGUAUGUGACCAGCGCGCUAGGCCGCAUGAUCGUAUAGGCAAGUAAAAAAAACUUGCUUUCGAUGACGAUAUAAUUUUCAGCACGCUGUCACACGUUACACGGUUAUUGAGAAUAGAAAUAAUAACCAUACAAGAUACACAAUUAAAUUUGAAAUGGUUUUGUUAAAAGCACCGAAAUAGCAAGAUAGAUAGAUAGAUAGCGAUAGAUAGAUAGAUAGAUAGCUACAUGAAGAUAGAUAUAUAGCUACAUGAAGAUAAAUAGAUAGCUACAUGAAGAUCAAUAAAUAGAUAGAUAGAUAGAUAGAUGGAUGGAUAGAAAGAUGGAUACGCUGCACAGUCCAUCAACAAAUGAUAUUGAUAUCCAAGAAAUAUUCCCUAACAUUUUCUCGCUACAUUUGCAAAUUCUGUCAUAUAUACAUGAAAGAAAUGUGUAUAAUGAUUUAUUUUACAAUGUAUUAAUAUGUAGUUUGUUUGUCUUUUUGUUGUAUUCUUACCAUUGUAAGGAAUUGUUACUCUUUAUACAAGUACUUGUUGUAGAAAAAAAAUAUUUGUGUGAUACACCAAGAAUAUGAUUACAACCAAAUGUUUCAUUUUAAGUACCCUGUACAUUGUAUUACUGAUAGUUAAAGAACGUUGAAUUAUUGCUUGCAAACUCUGAACAUUGAACUGCAUCAUCCAGUGAAUAAUCCUUACUACAGUAUAUAAUCGAA